UAGGACGGAAACGGCUGAGACGUGUGUCUUGUUAUCGAUACUACACUUUUCCAAGAAAAGUGCAAUAGUCAAAUAAGGCGGCCGCCGCAGCUUGUUCCCGUUGCUUAGUAACGACGUGCACGUCGUUGCCUCUAUUAGCGGCUGAGGAAGAUGGCGGCGGCGCCGACACCACCACCACCUCCGCCGGCUGCAGGUUUUGCAAGCAAGAAUAGAGUUGCUAUUUUGGCAGAACUAGACAAGGAAAAGAGAAAAUUGCUCCUUCAAAAUCAGUCUUCAACAAACAAUCCAGGGGCAAGUAUAGCCCUUGCAAGGCCAGCUGUUAACAAGGAUUUUCGGGACCAUGCAGAACAGCAGCAUAUAGCUGCCCAACAAAAAGCUGCACUUCAGAUGGAAGUGAAGAAUUCAGGUUUAUCAAAACAUCAAGGAGAGCAUUCUUCACCAGGAGAUCAUUUCCAUCAGGUUAUGAAGAAAAGAGUAAAUAUAACUGUGUCAUUAAUUUGUGUUGGCCUGGGAUGGAUAAAUGCACAAAAAACAACAUCACAAGACACAGCUGUCACUUUCAAGACCUAAAAAGAAAAAACCUGGAAAUUCGAUGUGUUAUUCUCUUUGCCGACUGUGCAGCCAAGUGUAUGAACAAUUGGUGAGGCUUUUGGCAGAAGCAGUGUCCUUCUCAACAUAACAACUUCAGACUUAAUUCAGUAUCUGGGCAUGUUAUACUCGUGUUGUUAAACGCUGCAAUUCAUGCUAUAGUCUUAAUGCAAAAUAAAUCUAAUUUUUCCUUUUGUCAACAAUCUUUCCU